GGCAGGAGCUUCGGCGUUCGGGAGCAGCGGGGCAGGAGCUUCGGCGUUCGGGAGUACCGGGGCAGGAGCUCCGGCGUUCGGGAGCAGUACCGGGGGAGGAGCUCCGGCGUUCGGGAGCAGCGGGGGAGGAGCUCCGGCGUUCGGGAGCAGCACCGGGGGAGGAGCUUCGGUGUUCGGAAGCAGCGGGGCAGGAGCUCCGGCGUUCGGGAGCAGUACCGGGGCAGCGGCUCCGGCGUUCGGGAGCAGCAGCGGGGGAGGAGCUCCGGCGUUCGGGAGUACCGGGGCAGCGGCUCCGGCGUUCGGGAGCAGUACCGGGGCAGGAGCUCCGGCGUUCGGGAGCAGCGGGGCAGGAGCUCCGGCGUUCGGGAGCACUGGGGCAGCGGCUCCGGCGUUCGGGAGCAGCAGCGGGGCAGGAGCUCCGGCGUUCGGGAGCAGUACCGGGGCAGGAGCUUCGGUGUUCGGGAGUACCGGGGCAGCGGCUCCGGCGUUCGGGAGCAGUACCGGGGCAGGAGCUCCGGCGUUCGGGAGCAGCGGGGGAGGAGCUCCGGCGUUCGGGAGCAGCAGCGGGGCAGGAGCUCCGGCGUUCGGGAGCAGUACCGGGGCAGGAGCUUCGGUGUUCGGGAGCACCGGGGCAGGAGCUCCGGCGUUCGGGAGCAGCAGCGGGGGAGGAGCUUCGGCGUUCGGGAGCAGCAGCGGGGGAGGAGCUCCGGCGUUCGGGAGCAGCGGGGGAGGAGCUCCGGCGUUCGG